AUGGCGCAAAUACGAGGAACUGCUGGGUAUAACCUGGGGAUGAACAACCAAUUUGCUUCUCAGCGGACUAGCGAGGCCACCAGCGACCCGAGUCCUCUGGAUCAGAUCAGAGAACAAACAAGCAAGAUUGAGGACUGGCUGACUACCAUGGGCGAACCUCUGAAGCCUUACCUCCCUGCCAUCGGUCGAUUCCUCAUCGUUGUCACAUUCAUCGAAGAUGCUAUAAGAAUUAUCACACAAUGGAACGAUCAGCUCACAUACUUGAGGGAUUUCAGACAUAUUCCUUGGGGCAUCACACAUUUGUUCUUGAUCUUCAACGUGAUCACCAUGUCCGUCUGCUCUACGCUGGUCAUUAUGCGCCGAUAUGGAGAAUAUGCAGUUGGUGGACUGCUCUCCGUCGUGGUCGUGCAAGCUCUUGGAUACGGGCUCAUCUUCGACCUCAAUUUCUUCCUCCGCAACUUGUCGGUCAUCGGCGGUCUUCUCAUGGUGCUCGGGGAUAGCUUUGUCAAGAAGAGCAGGGUAUUUGCUGGGCUCCCCACAAUGGACGAGAAGGACAAGAAAAUGUACAUCCAACUCGGAGGCAGAGUUCUUCUCAUCUUCCUCUUCAUCGGCUUUGUUUUCGCUGGUGAAUGGAGUAUCGGGCGAGUCCUGGUCAGUCUGAUUGGAUUUGUGGCUUGCGUGAUGGUUGUGGUUGGUUUCAAGGCCAAGCUCAGUGCCAUCAUCUUGGUUCUCCUGUUGAGCGUGUUCAACGUGCUCGUCAACAACUUCUGGACACUUCACAAAAACCAUCCUCACAAAGACUUUGCCAAGUACGACUUCUUCCAGAUCCUAUCCAUCAUGGGCGGGCUUCUCCUGUUGGUGAACAUGGGUCCGGGUCAAUUAAGCGUUGACGAGAAGAAGAAGGUAUACUAG